GAGGACGCCAUGAUGAGGGUUCGGUUCAUAUUGAGACACCCUGUAAUGUGUUUUUCUUUUCCGACUUCCCACAGGUCAGAGUGACGGUGAUUUCCGGCUUGUACCCCUCUCUGGGAGUAAUCUCGAUCGGCUCGAGGUCUACUUCUUCGGAUCAUGGGGCCCCGUUUGUGCCACUCAGUCGAGUGGGCGCAGUUGGGGUUUGCGUGAGUCCAUCGUGAUGUGUACCCAACUGGGUUUUGAAUUCGUCGGUAGUUGGGGCCUGGACCAGGACUCUAUCGGUCACGCUCAAGGAGCGAGGGUCUCCAAUGUGGCUUGUCAGGGAGAUGAGAGUUCCCUUUUAGACUGCCAGUGGGCGGGACCGGGGACGAAUAAUAGCGUUCUAGCGUGCUCCCUUGGAGUGGUUGCGAUGACUUGUGUCAAUACUCGAGGUCUGGGAGCACAAGUCUCUUUCGCGGAUGGUGAUGCAUCUACUGAGGGCAGAGUCGAGGUCAGAUUCCAGAACGGCGAUACAACAUUUGUCUACAGCAUCUGCGACGAAGGCUGGGACUGGGCUGAUGCACACAUCGCUUGCACAGAUCGAGAACGCCCGUAUGGCCCUGUCCUAGAAUUAGUGGGAGGGUCCUACUUUGGCGAGCAUCCUGCUUCAGCAUCCGGUUCUUACGAACAGUUUGAUGGCUUCCUGGCGUCCGGCAUGCAGUGCAAUUCCUCUGCGACGUACGAGAAUCUCAUCGGCUGUCCCAACUCUGGCUGGUUUCCCAGGAACUGCAACAAGAGUGCAGGGGUCAAGUGCCGAAGACACCCAGCUGUGGCUCCGAUCAGCAUCACACUCAGUGGCGGUAUGUCGGAGUACGACGGGUUUGUCGACGCGGUCGUCAACGACGCGCUUGGAGGGGCCGUUUGUAGCCUGAAUGACUUGACCCUCGGGGAAGGUGACGUAUUCUGCCGAUCCCUGGGAUACGGCUACGCCCUCAGUGUAUCUGAGGAGAAGAGUAGCAAAGGACCAGUCGUCACCAACCUCCGCUGCUUCGAGAAUGAGCAGACUCUUACUGAGUGCCUGUACGGCAACUCUGGAACCUGUCACAAAGAACAGAAUCUCGUUGCAAAGGUCACCUGCAGUGGGCCCCUUGGAUCCAAUGAGUAUCCUGUGGAGCUCACCAACCAACUGGGCUCGAGAGGCAAAGAGGGACUCUUGCGAAUCCUCCGAGACGGCCGCUGGGGAACCGUCUGCAAGACAGGCUGGACCAAGGAAGACGCACAGGUGGUGUGCCGCCAGCUGGGCUAUUCCUCUGUCGUCAGCUACGUGUCUGAUGACGCAAGCGGAAGUGGACCGAUCUACUUGACUAACGUUAACUGCGACGGGACUGAGCAGAGUUUGGACCAGUGUCAGCAUGACGGCUGGGGUGUCCAUGAUGGAUGUAGCCACAUAAUGGACGUGUAUGUCAAGUGCGGAUCAGCAAUGACGGUGUGUAACACCAUACUGAUUGCAGCCCUGGCCAGCCUGGCGAAGUUUGUCAGUUCCUAG